AUGACUUCCCUACUACAGGAACCCGAUAUAGGACAAGUAUCAGACUGGUUCGAAGAGCGCCCGAUCAACAAGGCCAAUCGCCAGAAGCUCGCCCAGAUGAUACGCGAUAGAGUUUCCUUCGCCGGCAUCGACUGGGCUAAAUUUUCCGGUAGCAUAGAGGUGGGCAGGGAAGUUCGGAUGCUAGAUUACGCAUGCGGGCCUGGAUUUCUCAGCAACAUCUUCGGGCCGUACGUGUCUUCAAUCCAUGCAGUCGAUGCGUCUUCUGCCAUGAUUGAGAGGUACAGAAAUAAUACGAAAGAGUUCGGUCCUGGCCGCGAAAAGGUUGCAGCCAUUGUCGGAAACUUGUUGUUGGAGCCACCCGAACCCGCUCUUUUGGCUGAUGAAGAAUAUCAGAAUUUUGAUCUCAUCACAGUCGGGUCAGCUCUGCACCACUUUCCAUCUGCGGAAGAUGCUGUUCGACUUUUGGGUGGGCGGUUGAAGCCUGGUGGGGUGUUGUUCGUCCAGGAUCUGUAUAGCCACUUGAGCAGCGAAGCUGUUCAGCAGUCAGGCCAAGUCAAACCCCCACAAUACAAACAGGGCGACAUGAAAAAGCACAUGGAAAAAGCUGGGCUGGGCGAUUUCAAAUUUGAGAUUUUACAGGAAAAUCUCGAGAUUGGGCUGCCGAGCGAAGAGGUAUGCCAGGUGCAGUGUUUCAUUGCCAGAGCAGCGAGGCCGUUGAGCUAG